CGCGCCCGAUGAGGGGCGUCACCGAAUCCGAAGAGAAAAAAAGUGGAAGAGAAUUCAAACCAUUUUCCUUCGACGGAAACGAAAAUUCAAAAUCACCGAUCUCCUUGUCGUCGCCUCCGAUUUUCUCCUGAUUCCCAGACGAAGAAGACUUUCUGGUUGUUUUCUCCGUUUCAAACAAGUAGAGUGAGCAUCUUGUGCUUGGUCGAGAGAUUCCAGAGAUCGGUUCUACCAAAUAUUUUGGGACAUAAUAAAGUUCAAUGGCGAGGAUAAAACCUCAGGCUCUUUUAAAUCAAAGCAAGAAGAAGAAGGGCCCGAGUCGUAUAAGUGUCUCCACAGUCAUCAUCUGUAAUCUUGUUAUUGCUUUGGUCAUAUUAUCGCUGGUAGCCACUUAUCGUCGUUUUUCCCAAAGAUCAAGUAUCCCAACAGGAAUUACACAGAGAUUUGAGGAAACAAAAGUAGCAUCGGAGUCAAAGAAGUAUGAUCUUCCUAGUUAUGCUGAUAUAAACACGUCGAAAGGUCUUAUAACAGUGGAACUAUUCAAAGAAGGUUCUCCCGAAGCUGUGGACAAGUUUCUAGACCUCUGUCAGAAAGGGUACUUCAAGGGAAUGCCGUUUCAUCGUGUUAUAAAGAACUACAUGGUUCAAGCGGGUCAUUCCCCGAGCACAGUACCUGUAGAAGAAUGGACUGCUAAAGGGAAACUCCGUGGUCGCCUUGACACGAGUCCGAAACACGAGGCAUUCAUGGUGGGGACUCCGAGAGCAAAAGGGUCUAGUAGCAAUGACUUUGAGGUUCUAAUCACGACGGCGCCAAUCCCGGAUCUGAAUGAUCGGCUGAUCGUGUUUGGGCGAGUCCUCAAGGGACAGGAAGUGGUUCAGGAGAUUGAGGAGGUGGAUACAGAUGAACAUUACCAGCCAAAGUCACAUAUUGGGAUCGUUAACGUUACACCGAAACUAGAGAUGUGAAAUCUGUGAGGGACUGACUAAAAUCUUUUCAUCAAAGGUCUUUCUCUAAAAUUUAAAUAUUUGUAUUUUCUUUUGUCGGAAAUGGCCCUUUCUUCUUCA